AUGGAUGAUAUCCUUGCGCCUAUCCAAGAUGCAUUCGAGGGCCAGAUCGUGAGUUUCCUCUCUGCUUCACAGACAUCCAGCCACCUAUACCUUUUACUACACCUGGCUGCAUGGAACGACGCUAAUCUACCAAUUCGUUCAUCUGAACAGGAUUUCCACGGCCAGCGCAUCGCCGAACUCCUCUCUACAGCUCUGUUGAUCAUAUCAGGUGUUGUCGCUUUCUUCGUCGGAUACAUCUACCAAGACAUCCAUCUUACCCUUUGGGUCGGCCUUGGUGGCACAUUAAUCACCGGUCUUGCUGUCAUUCCUCCGUGGCCUAUGUACAAUAAGAACCCCGAGAAGUGGCUGGUCCCUGUUCCCGGGAGUGCGGGCGGCGCAGGAGUCGUGGUAGACGGGGUCAAAGUUGCAUGA